AUGAAUUUUGUGAAGGUGUCCCUCGAUUCGUACCCUGUCAAGUACUACAACCGAACGCACAAAGUCACCAACACGCUGAGGCUGAAGGGGAUAGGGUUACUAACCUGGGAGGAAGAAGACAUCAAAAAUUUCUUUCAGAAGCUAGACUUGACUUUUAUGGUCUACUUGAUACUCCAGCAGAAUGUCGUAUUCGUGGAAUUUUACAAAAAGAAGGACUGCUCCUAUGUCUUCAACCUUUUGAACCACGGACAGCCGGAGCGCAAAACGGACAUCCAGGCGGAAUAUGUAAAUGUGCGGUACGACAUUCAGGAGGACUCCCCCACCGUCUAUUCGCGGGACUUCUCUCUCCUGCUGGGAGGCCUCCCUGGCAAGCAAGCUAGAGGGGAAGUCCCCAUCGGCUGCGAAACGAACAAUGGCUGCGAAACGAACAAUGGCUGCGAAACCGACAAUGGCUGCAAAACCAACAAUGGCUGCGAAACCGACAGUGGCUGGAAAGCCAAGAACGAGAACGAACUGAACGCUGCUAACAGCGGGGACGGCGUUUCCAUCCAACCGGACGCUAUCGACGAAGACUUCUCCGAGGAGGUCAUUCGGACGUACCAGCAGGAACAGUGGCUUAAGUACACCAAAAACGACGAGAUCAACGUGUGCCACUACUUCUGCCGGAGCACGCCGAACAAAAUCUACAAGUCCUACUGCAUCCCGGACCCGCGCCUGUUCUUCUCUGUGGAGUGCCUGGACCGCAUAGGGGUCCUUCUGGACGGCCGCCAACCGAACCAAAUCUCCAUCCUGAAAUGUCACGUGAAUAAAGCCGUCGAGUAUGUCAUCGAGUCAAGGCAUAUUUUCCAGGACGAAAUAGCCUUCUUGGUUAUGAAGAACGAUCUACCCAUGUCCUUCCUCGACAUUCGAAAUAGUAAUGAUGAUGGACGAACCAAAACGAACCUAAUUGUGGAGAAAAAUACACUCAUUAAGAUUAAGGGUAGAAGGAGAUACGAACUAAUUUUUGGAAUUCCCAAGAAGAAAACGCUUCCACUGGAGGGGGAGGUACUGACUGACGCUCUUAGAGAGGGGGAUUAUUUGCCUCCCUUACGGAGAUUAUUUUAUUUGAACCUAGAUGGAUCGAGCCUCUUCAAAAUUUUUGCCACCCAUUUUAUAACUUCCUCCCUGUACAGAUCCCCAUGCGUCGAAAGGACAGUUAUCUAAAUGCUAACGCAAAAGCACAGGAACCAAACGGUUAAGGACGAACCACAGGAGAAGAGUUGCGUCUCGGUAGAUGUUGGACACUACAACUCGGACAAUAUUGAGAGGACGUAUGUUCUCGAUGUGUAUAACAAAAUAGCGCAACAUUUUUGCUACACCAGGUACAAAUCCUGGAACAACGUAGAAAACCUAAUCAACGAGGAGCAGGAGGGAAACCUAAUCAUGGACGUGGGGUGUGGCAACGGAAAAAACGUGCAAGUCUCAUCUAAGUAUUUCUUCAUUGGUCUGGAUUUCAGUUGGUACCUUUUGAAGCUUGCUCAGAAGAAGUGGAAUGCAGAUUUGUUUCUGGCCAACUGCGUCAGCAUACCUUUGCGAUCGAACAUAGCCGACCUGUGCAUUUCCAUCGCGGUCAUCCAUCACAUCGGCACGCACGAAAAACGACGAAUGGCAGUGGCUGAGAUGGUCCGAUGUACCAAAGUUGGGGGUAGGAUCCUGAUAUACGUAUGGGCCUACGAGCAGCAGGAGAACGUGGUCGGCAACCGGAAGUUCGAUUCCCAGGACAUUUUCGUUCCCUGGUACCUUCAGCCGCAGCACACCCUGGAAGGCAGUGAAGACGUGAACGAAGUAGAAGUGACCGAAAGGGAAGUCCUGCACCCAGCCAAAAAAGGUAAAGCGUUGCAACAGUGGUGA